CACCAUCACGAACGAGAUGGGAAGGAGGACCCAGUACUUCAAUGCUGGGUCGAGGAUCAAGUCGGGGGUAGCCAUUGGCGCUGUUGUCACGUUUUGGAGUAGUGGAGCCUCUCUAUGGAGUAUUUCCAGACCACACUGGUAAUUUUGGCGUGGUGCACUCGCCUGUAUACACUCCAUCGCUGGGGAUAAUUUGACCACCAUUUACAAACUCCGUCCGCUACAAAAUGGGAUGGUUCGGAGGAGGAUCACCUUCCAAGGUGUCGACAGUCAGCGAAGUCAACCAACCACAGUACCUCGAAGACUUGCCCCCCAAGUUUGAAGACAAGGAGCCUGCCAAGCGUGCAGAGCCCACGUUAGCCGAUGCUGCCAAACAGAUCAGCUGGGCCGAUUUCAACGUGGAACGGUUCGUGGGCAUGCCAUGUUUCCGGGAGGCCAUGAUCACGGGGUUCCAGGCUAUGGGGGUUUUGGGAACGGUGACGUUUUUGAUCCACAAGAACCCCAACCGGUCCAUCAACUGGGCGGUGUGUGGAUUUUUCUUGGGUAACGUGGUCGGGUGGGAGCAGUGCCGGUCGUUGAGAAGACGCCAGUUCCAGAUGAUGGAGAAUGCCCGCAAGGCCAACCAGGAGAAGAACGAGAAGAAGUGGGACGAGAAGGAGGGCGAGUCCGACGAGCAGUUGAAGAAGUUCAAGGAGUUUAACAGCAAGUAAGCGGGGUGACAGGUUGCAGCUGGUUACAGUUAUAGUCACAACUGACAAUCUUGCAGUGCGUUGUUGCAGUGCAGUUUGCAGUGACAGUUUUGCAGUGAAGUUUGCGUGACAGUUGCACUGCAGUUUGCAGUGACAGGUUGCAGUGACAGGUUGCAGUGACAGGUUGCAGUGACAGUUGCGGUGACAGGUUACAGGGACAAUUUACUGUUCAGUUUGCACCGAGCAGUUUCUGAAAUGAACAAUUUCUCUCGAGUUUACAGCCAUUGCAAUGGUUCUUUCUGAUUAAUUUCUUGUGAAUGGGAAUGCUUCUUCAGUGAACUGUAUCUCGCAGUCAAUGCCUUGUGGGUAUUCUUGAACUUGUGAACUGUCUGUGAAUUUUCUUGUGACCUUUCUGUGACCUUUCUGUGAUCUUUCUGUGACUUUUCUAUGACUUUUCUAUGACUUUUCUAU